UGCAGACUCUGUAAUGCAUGCAUCCCAAAGAAGCAAACUGUAGUCUGUUUGGUUAUCUGGUAUGCAUGCAAACGUUUGCAUUUGGAUUGAAGUGAAAAAUGCCCUUUUGAGGGACAGAAAAUAGCUUUACACUGUAGCCUGUAUUUGAUAGUAAAUUAUUUGCUUUUUAUAUAAAAAAAAUAUUGCAUUGGUGUUCUCGCUUGAAAAAUUGUAUCUGUUUGUAUUAAUGAUCUGUAAAGAAGAGGAUCAUGAAUCAGAUGAAAUCUGCAAUGUCUGCUGCCACAUGUGUUACUAACAAGAGGAAAAUGUCAAAACUGCAAACACCAGAUGUUGUAAAGGAUUUGACAAGAGAGGCUAAAGGUACCAGACUGGCCCCAUCAAAAAAUGAGGAAACAAGCUCCCAGAAAAUAAAGAGGACUUGCACCAAAAAAAAGUACCAUGACCUUCAGCCUGUGGUCCUGAGACCUACUGAGGAUUCAGUCCAUGGGUCACCUUGUAGAUCAGCCAUCGCUUCAAGUCCAGUCAAUGGUUUGGAAAGCCAACAUACAACUGCAGGUCACACAAGCUCUUGCGAAACCGUGGGAGAAAUGAAAGAAUCUACUUCAGAGAUUGGUUUUGAGUUGAAGAGGAAACAGAAGAUGGAGGACUCCGGCCAGCCCUCCUUAAAAAAGUACAUUGAAGAAGUAAAGCAGGCAGUUCCUGUUGCUCAGUUCAGUCAGAAACCAACCAGCCAAAAGCAAAAACUAUCUCCAUUGCCAAAAAAAGAGACACCUGUUUAUGCACCAGGAAGUCAGGAGGAGAGAUGGCAACUGCAGAUCUUGGCAAAGGGUAGAGUGACCUGUCCCAAAUGUAAAAGUGUUGGAAGAAAGACAGUUGAUGGUUUAAAGAAGCACCUAGAAAGCUGCAAACUGAAUCUCUUUACAUGUCCACACUGUGGGAAACAACUAAAAACAUCAACUGGAAUGAAGUACCACCUCAUGGCUGACCACAACAACCUGCCUCUUCCAGAUACUGGGAAUGACCUCGCUGACCAGGCUGUGAAGGAAAAGUUAAGAAAAGUUUUGAAAAGGAUGGGCAAGUUGAAAUGUUCAAAAGAGGGUUGCACUGGAAGCUUCACAAGUAUAAUGGGUUACGUGUACCACAUGAAGAAGUGUGGCAAAGAGGAGGCAGAGCUGAAUAAACUCUUAUUGAACUGUAAGCACUGUGGAAAAGCUUAUCGGUCCCGAGCCGGCCUGGAGUAUCACGUCAAAAAUGAGCACAGUACAACCCCCCAAGAAAGUGAAGAAGAGGAGGUGAUGCCCCAGAAAGAGCCCGUCCCAGAACGCACACAGAGCGGGCGGGUAAAACGCUUGUCAGCGCAGGUGGCAGUGUUCCACCUGAGGGAGAUCGCCAGUGAGGAGCUGGUGAAGGAGUGGCCCAAAAGAAAAGUCCAAGGAGACCUGGUGCCAGAUGACAGGAAGCUGAAGUACUCCCGUCCUGGGUUACCUGCUUUUAGUCAGGAUACUCUACGCAAGUGGAAGAAUGAAGUCAAACUUCAUAAAAAAGUGCAGUGUCCAAACAAGGGAUGUGGUUGCUUCUACACAAGUGUAUCUGGAUUAAAAUCUCAUCUUGGGCUAUGUACUUUGGGUGAAUUUGAGACUGGAAAGUAUAAAUGCUUGAUAUGUAGGAAAGAAUUCAACUCUGAAAGUGGAGUGAAGUACCACAUCAAUUCCAUUCAUUCUCAGGAUUGGUUUGUUGUAAGGUCUAAAGCGAAGAGUUCCAAAUUUGAUAAACUGCACAAGACUCAUCCAAAGGAAGAUGCCAUGAAGCAUUCUGACAAUCCCUUGCCUAACUCAACCGUCAGUUUUUCCCAUGCACCCAAUGCUUGGCAAGACAGACAGACACCAGCGGGGGCCACAUCAAGUGGAACAACAAAUCCAGGAUUAAAAAUGAAGAAAAAGGUUGGUCGAGGUGACCGGAAGGAGAAACGGGGCAGGGAGCGUAAAGACUGCUAUGAGUUUAGUGGCAGUGACAGUCAGAGCAGCAGUAGUGAAUCCUCCAGCAGCGAGUCAGAGGCAGAAGACCCCGUGGCACGUAGACACCACGAUUGGGCUCUAAGCAAGCCACUCACAAAAACUAGGUCCAACCAGCAACUCAGAAGCAAUCCAUAAACCCUCCCUGUUUCUUUUUUGACUAUUAUAUAUCGUCAUAUUUUCAUUUUCACUGCUGAAAGAGAAACCAUUGGUGCUACCUAAGACGUUUUUUUUUAUCUUAUGUUGUUCUCUAUUUGAGCCACACAUGUUGAAAUGCAAACAUUUUAAAUAACAUCUGACAGUAACAUUAGAAUUUGUAUGAUGAAUCAUGCAAAUACUGUAAUGAUAUUUAAAGGCGGGGUGCAUGAUCUUUGAAAGCCAAUGUUGACUUUUGAAAUCACCCAAACAAACACACCCCUACACCAAUAAAAUCUGGGCCUCUUUUGAUAGAUCCGCCCCACACAUACGCAAACCCAGGCAACGAUGACGGUUAAUAGACACGCACCUUACUGCUGAUUGGCUACAAGUGUCUGUACAAGUUUUCAAAGUGUUUUUUAAAAAUCAUGCACCCCGCCUUUAAUACUAAAUGUAUUUAGUACUGUAUGCAGUAGUAAAGCAUUGAUUAUUUUUCUCAGUUUUUUGCUCUGCACCUUUAAAUUUAUUAGCAGCCUGUUUGUUGAAUUUGAUUUACUGUCGCUAUAGGAUUUAUAUAACUGUAAGUUGCAUGUAAUGAUGUUCAUGAAUGCUGCUGUGUUUUGUGAUAUUAUUGAGUGUUAAUCUGACACCACAGCAGACAUUGAUAUUGUAACAGUGUUCAUUACAUGCUGCAUUAGGCUUAAAGUGUGCAGCUUUAAUGUGCUUUAAAAGAGUUUCUAGAUGUUGGAGGGCAUGACACAAAUUUCUGUAAAAACAUUGAAAUGUUGUACAUUUUAAAAACUGUUUACUUCAAUUAAAAUCUAUGAAAUGGG